CAACUGUCAAUUUGAAUUGUAACAUGUAAACAAACAAGGCUGAUACUAAAAUUAAUGAAAAACUAGUGUUCUCGACAGAAACUUUCAAUAAAAACUAAUCAGAAAUUGGUUCUCGUAUUCAGAUAUUGUCGGUAUUCUUUCAGGCAUUUCCUAUAUCCAAUUUCAAUGCAUGUAUUGCAUCAACUUUUUGUAAAUAGUGUGUAAUUAUUUAUGAUGCCUUUGACGAAGGAUAAGAGAAAACUCAAUAAAUUGAUUCAACAGUCUGAUUCUGAUGACAGUGAACAUGAACUCUCUUAUUAUGUCAAUGAUAGAAUAAAGUUAAUGAAAGAAGUAUUAAAAAUAGUAAAACCAAAGAAGAUUAAAUUAAUGGCUCCCUCCUGCCUUAAAAGUUUGGAUACUGAAGAAUUAAAUUCAAUGUUACUUGAAGAAUUGUUGGGGAUAUCUAAUAAGAGACUGAAAUAUAUUUUCAAUGGUCAAAGUUUAGAGGAAGAUAGUAGUAGUUCAACUAGUGAAGAUGAGCCCAUAGAUGUAAUUUCUUUAGAUGAUAUUUCAGAUGAUGACUUGGUGAUAAAUGUUGAUGAUGAUGAAGAGACUUCCCAACAAAAAAAGAGGAGAAAAGAGACCAAACAUCAUAAAUGUAAGAAAGAAAAAGUUAAAUGUUCCAUGAAAAAAGAGAAUCUGAAUAAUGAAAAAAAUCCAUCACAAAAAGAUGGUGAAAUUGAUUCGAAUAAAAAUCUUAUGAGUGUAUUAGAGCUAUUGGAAUUGCAAGCUAGAGCAAGGGCUAUUAAAUCUCAGUUACUCUUAGAGAAUGCAAAAACUCAGGAAAGUCUCACCUUGAGCAAAAUCCCCACAAUUGAGCAAAAUGUGGGUAGUGAUGAUGAAGUUAUUAUUAAAACAGCCAAAACUGAAGAGAUCAUAAUAACAUCUAGUGAUGAUGAGGAAAAUGGGGGUAUUGUUGACACUACGAAUUCUUUAGGAAAUGAAGCCGAUAAGGAAGAUUGUAAUAUAUUAGAAAAAGAUACAGUUAAUGAUACAACAGUUUCAAUAGAUACUUCCUUGAAAAGCGAUGAUAGGAUUGCAGAAAUACCGAAAAUAAAAAUUAUUGAAAAUAAGGAACUGUCUAGUGAAACAGUAAAUGUAGAGGCAGUUAUCCUUAGAAAUGAUAGUGGAAAAGUUGACCAUGAGACUAUUGCAGAUAAUUCAAAUACUGGUCUAGAGAUCAUUGCAGAAAAUUCAAACCCUAUUCAAGAGCCUAUUGUAGAAAAUCCUAACCUUAAUAAAGAGGCCAUUGUAGAAAGUUCGAACCUCAGUCAAGAGAUCAAAGAGAUUGAUAAAGUUAAAACUUCUGAUAAUGAUGGAAUCAUUCAGAUUAAUUUAAGUGAUGAUGAAAUGGAGGAAAUGAAAUGAAUUAAGCACUUUAUUGUCUGUUCUCGAUAUAAAAAACUCUUAUUGAAAUAGAUUUCAUAUAUUUAGUCAAAAGAAAGAAAUAUGCUUUAAAUAUUUAUUGUUGAAUAAUACUUGUUUUCGAUAUUUUAAUAGACUUAAUAAAAUUUUCAUUUACGAAAAGCUGACCUGUCUGCAAA